AUCUUUGUUCCAACUGAAACAACUUCCGGUAGUUUUAAUGGCAAAUCUAGUUUUAAUGCACACUUCUCUCCUAUUUUUAUCCACUCUUUUUCAUUGUGUUCAUCUUUCAGACCAGUUUCAACCAUUUCAAUACAAUGCUCUCAAGCAAAUCCAGCAGUUCCUCAAUUACCCAUCGGUUCUUACCGUCUUUGACAACACUUGGGAUUUCUGCAACGUCGAACCAUCGCCAUUUUUAACUAUCGUUUGUUACGAAGACAAUGUAACCCAGCUUCACAUCACAGGCAACAAUGGCGUUUUCCCACCAUCGUUGCCCCGCAAUUUCUCCAUUGAUGCUCUGUUUUCAAGCAUUUCAAGUUUAUCAAAUCUCAAAGUCCUUUCUUUGGUUUCAUUAGGUUUAUGGGGUCCUUUACCUGCUACUAUCGGUAAGCUUUCUUCCAUGGAAAUACUCAAUUUAAGCUCCAAUUACAUCAAUGGUUUUAUCCCUUUGGAACUUUCAUAUUUGAACAAUUUGCAGACACUUGUUCUUGAUCAUAACAAGUUCACUGGUCAAAUCCCUCAUUGGGUUUCUUCUUUUAAUGAUUUAGCUGUUUUGAGUUUGAAAAAUAAUUCACUUUUUGGGUCACUUCCAAGCUCCAUUUCAAGCUCUGAAAACCUUCGAGUUUUGGCUAUGGCGGAUAAUCAUUUGUUUGGGGAAAUACCCAGUCUUCAAAACUUGACAAAUCUUCAAAUUCUCGAUCUAAAAAACAAUUAUUUCGGCCCAAGUUUCCCUGUUCUACAUCACAAGGUCGUCACUGUUGAUAUCCGUAACAACAGUUUUAAAUCCAGUGUUCCAAAUGAAUUAAACUCUUAUUUUCAGCUUGAAAAGCUUGAUAUCUCCAUUAAUGAACUCAUUGGACCUUUCCCUCCAUCUUUAUUCUCAUUGCCUUCCAUUAAUUACAUCGAUAUCUCCGGUAAUAAACUCACCGGCAAGCUGUUUCAAAACAUGUCUUGCAAUGCACACCUUGUGUUGGUUAAUUUAUCUUCGAAUCUUUUAACCGGCGAGUUGCCGGCGUGUCUGCGAGAAAACGUCGAGGAAGGGGCUGUUUCUUAUGAUGGGAACUGUUUGUCCGGUGAAGAAGGAAAUCAAAAGCCUUUGAGUUUCUGCCAUAACGAAGCAUUGGCCGUCGAAGUUUCGCCUCAAAAGCUGCGGCAUAAAGAACGUAAAGCCAUGGCUGUGCUUGUAUCGAGUUUAGUGGGAGGGAUUGUUGGAUUAGCGGUGAUAGUUGGUUUGAGUUUAUGGGUUUUCCAGAGAAGAAAUAGAAGGGCGGCCAUGAAAGGACCUUCAACAAGGUUGAUAACCGAGAAGCUUUCAACAGUUAAUACAGUAAAGUUAUUAUCUGAUGCAAGGUAUAUAUCAGAAACAAUGAAGAUGGGAGCAAACCUCCCUAUGUAUCGUGCCUUUGCUUUGGAAGAACUAAAGGAGGCUACUAAUAAUUUCUCUCAUCCAUCCAUCGUUGGUGAACCUUCACUUAUUCAAAUUUACAGAGGAAAACUUGGGGAUGGAACAGCAAUUGUGAUUAGAAGCAUAAAGAUGAGAAAAAAACACAGCCCCACCAUGUUUACACAACACAUAGAGAUGAUCUCAAGACUCAGACACAACCACUUGGUUAGUUGCAUUGGUCACUGUUUCGAAUGUUGCCCUGAUGAUUCAACCGUCGGCAUCGUAUAUUUCGUGUUCGAAUCCCUUCCAAAUGGCACCUUGAGAAGCUCCAUUUGUGGAGGAGGGGUAAGGCUGAAUUGGGCACAAAGAAUAACAGCAGGAAUAGGGGUAGCAAAAGGGAUACAAUUCCUGCAUACUGGGAUCAUGCCAGGAGUUUUCUCAAAUCAUUUGAAGAUUACUGAUGUUUUGUUGGAUCCCAAUUUCCAUGUCAAGAUUUGCACUUAUAAUCUCCCUCUUUUAGCUCAUCAAAAUGCUGGAUUAAUGCAAUUUCAGGGUGGUGCUGCAGUUUCUUCCAAUGGACUCAAAUCAAACAUUGGAGGAAGGGAAAAAGAGGAAGAGAAGGAUGAUAUUUAUGACAUUGGUGUAAUAUUGAUGGAAAUUCUGGUGGGAAGGCCAAUCAUGUCCCAAAAUGAUGUUAUGGUUGUCAAAGAUAUUAUACAAGUGAGCAAUAAGAUGGAUGAUACGGCUCGAAGAAGCAUAGUGGAUCCUACAAUUAUCAAAGAAUGCUCAACUGAAUCCUUGAAGACAGUGAUGGACAUAUGCCUGAGAUGCCUGUCCGAUGACCCGACCGCUCGACCUUCCAUUGAAGACGUCCUUUGGACUUUGCAAUUUGCGGCUCAACUUCAGGAUCCAUGGCGAAAUGAUUCUCACCACAUCCAUCGUCUAUCUGACUCGAAUCCGAAUAACUUACAAGAACAAAUUUCUCGUGGAUAAACCUUUUGAUGGCUUUUGGAAUUUAUAGUUUGCGGCCAUCACUGAUUUGUAAACUGCAUAUGAACAAGUUCAAUACUGCUAAUGACUGCAUAUAUGACUAUUUCAUGCAUAAAUGACUGCAUAAGUCUACGCAAA